CGGUUCUGAGCGUGUCCUGGUAGACUUGCUACACGCAUCCACCACCUUCACUGGGCUUUUUGCUAUUCUGGCUUCCAAUGCUCCUUAUUUUGCUGCUUUAAAGUUGUCUUCCACACCAACACCUCGAUACUGAGCCUUACUACCCUUACACCUCUUUGAAUAACCAUGGCUUCACGAGACACACAGUCAGCUCCAUCCGCUUGGCGGCAAUUUACAUUCUUUGACGUGGUGCCGGUGAAAGAUGUUCAUGACCUGGGAAGUGACCCUGAGAUAUUCAAGAAAACGCCAGAAUUCUCUUGCAUAACACCAACGUCCUCUGGGACGGCUGUGGCUGACAUACAUGGAAGUCUGUAUGUGCUCAACAGAGAUUUCGAAGUAUCCAAGAGCUGGGUUGCGCAUACGUCGGGGCGAGUGACGCAUAUGGCUGAGAGGAAGGGCAUUCUUGUUACCUUGGGGGAGGAAGAUUUGGUCAGGCAACCGUUACUCAAGGUGUGGGACUUGAACAUUUCUGAUAAGAAGACGGGAGGACCCCUGCUCCUCCGAUCGACCAAGGUUCAGGUUGGCAAUCGACCUCAUCCAGUAACGACGCUUGCAUUGUCAAGUACCCUAUCCUACCUUGCAAUCGGUCUAGGGGAUGGAACAGUAAUACUCUACCGUCAUCUCGAUCAAUCCAUAUUCUCCGGAACUAGCAAUCUGACCACGCUUCCAAAGCCCCGCGUUAUCCAUGAAUCACCGUCAGAACCGAUCACAGGGCUAGGCUUCAGAGAACCUGAUGAGGAGAAUUCAAAUAUCUAUCUUUUCAUUGUGACCACGAACCGCGUUCUCUGUUAUCAAGUAUCCGGUCGCGGUAGUGGCGGAACGCCUACUCUGGUGGACGAAGUCGGGUGUGCGCUUGGAUGUGCGACUAUGGACUGGCACGCGAAGAACAUGCUUGUCGCACGAGAUGAAGCGGUUUACGUGUGCGGUGUUGAAAGCCGUGGAGCCAGUUACGCUUAUGAAGGCCAGAAACUCUCCGUUCAUACACAUAGGAAUUACCUAGUCAUGGUUUCGCCGCCGUUCUCUCCAUCUGCCUCUGCAGCCUCUGCUACUGUCCGUAACUUCGUCACGAGGAGUACAGAUGCGAAUGCUGAGAUCACCAAAGUGACGGUCCUUGACCUGGAGAACAAGUUCGUCGCCUUCUCAAGUACCUUCACGGAUGGCGUAAGGGAGAUCUUUUUAGCGUCUGAUGAGGUCUAUCUGUUGAGCAAUGUUGGAAAGCUCACUUGUCUAGAAGAGAAGCCAACAUCGACGAAACUCAGCAUGCUGUAUGCGAAGUCACAGUUCCUGCUAGCCCUGAAUCUAGCGAAGACGCAAGGUCUGGAUUCAUCGAGUGUUGCCGAUAUACAUCGCCAAUACGGCGAUCAUCUAUACAACAAAGCCGACUACGAUGGCGCCACUCAGCAAUAUGUCAAGACCAUCGGUCAUGUUCAACCUAGCUACGUCAUUCGAAAGCUUCUCGAUGCUCAAAGGAUUCACAACUUAGCAACCUACCUGCAAGAAUUACACGCGCUUGGUCUUGCCAAUUCUGAUCAUACCACGCUUCUACUGAAUACUUACACCAAGCUGAAGGAUGUUGCUAGACUAGAUAGCUUCAUCAAGACUGAGUCGAAACGGUCAUCAGCUGAUGGCGGCAGUGACGAGUUGCCCUUCGAUCUGGAUACUGCGAUCCGGGUUUGUAGACAGGCAGGAUACUUCGAACAUGCGUCGUAUCUGGCCAAGAAGUACGAGCGUCACGAGGACUAUCUUCAAAUCCAGAUUGAAGAUGCUGGAAACUAUAAGGAUGCGUUGUUAUAUCUCCGACGCAUGGGUACAGAAGCUACUGAAAGUAAUUUAGCUCGAUAUGGACGUGCGAUGUUGGCAAGCCUACCAGAAGAGACUACGCAGCUUCUGAUCGACGUAUGCACUAGCCUCACGCCACUAACCAUUGAGACAGACGAGCGUUCACCGCCGAGCCGACAACCUAGCACAGGAGGACCUUCCUACCUCUCAUAUCUGGCUCUUAGCAGAGACCGUGGUGCUCCACCUGCUGUUGCCCCUGGACCUGCGCCUCCCGUAGCUGACCGAGCAUCUCAACAUGAUUCGUCGCAUGAAUCACGGACAGCAACGCCUCCCCCCGCGACCCCGACACACGGUCAACCACCCCCUCAUGCACGAAUCACGACUGUCAAGCGACCUUCGCCAAGAAUAUACUUCCCUCACUUCAUUGAUCACAAAGAGAAAUUCAUGCAGUUCUUGGAAAGCGUUGCGCUGAAAAGGUGGGGUCAGCGACUGGACGAGACGGGUGUGCCUGUCGUUGUUGAAUCUGACCCGUUCGUGGAUGCUCAGGCUGAGAAAGCCGAUCAGAUUGCUGUGUGGAAUACUCUGCUAGAACUGUAUCUUUCUUCCUCCUCCUCGUUAGAUUCCUCGGAGAAGGAAGCCUUCAUCGACAAAGCUCUGCAGCUGCUCAAGAGCGAGCAUAUACCCUGCGACCCAACGCACGCUCUCAUUCUGUGUUCCACACAGAACUUCACACCCGGUCUUGUGCUCCUGUGGGAAAAACUGGGCAUGUAUGAAGACGUCGUUCGGUUCUGGAUGGAUAAGUAUGCAGAGGGUGGUAGUGAUUCAACUGAUGCUUCAAGCGAAGUCAUACGCUGUCUCGAUCACUAUGGCCCCGAUCACCCACACUUGUACCCCUUAGUCUUGCGGUUCCUUACUUCAUCGCCGGACCUACUGUCUAGACAUACGGCUGACGUCACGAAGAUGUUGGAACACAUAGACGCCGAGAACAUCAUGCCUCCGUUGAACGUAGUUCAGGUUCUCAGCAGAAAUGGUGUCGCGAGUGUUGGAUUGGUGAAACAAUGGCUUGUUUCUCGUAUUAGAGAGGCUAAGGAUGAGAUCGAGACGGACAAGGCACUCACCGAGUCAUAUCGAACUGAAUCCCAAACGAAACUCAAGCAAGUGGAAGAGCUGUCAGACCCAGAUCAUCCCAGGGUGUUCCACGUCACCCAAUGUUCAGCGUGUAAAGGUCAGCUUGAUUUGCCCAGUGUACAUUUCAUGUGCAACCACAGUUAUCACCAACGGUGUCUCGGUGAUCACGAUACUGAGUGCCCUAAUUGCGCUCGCUCCCAUGGAAUCGUUCGGGAAAUCCGCAGAAAUAAUGAGAGACUUGCUGACCAACAUGAUGUCUUCUUGUCGGAAGUGAAAGAAGGCGGCUUUACAGCUGUGGCCGCCGGUUUUGGCAGAGGCAUCAUGAAUCUUUCCAGAGCUGAGGCUCUUGCCGGCUGAUUAUGCCUUACCGUUUCUCAGUGUUCACCUGUUCGCGUUGUAUCCUUCAUUUAUGGCGUGAAUUUGGGGAUCGCUUCCAUGUAUUCUCAUACUCAUCCACCUUUCGACGGACUUGCUUGCUGUCGCCGUUGUGACUGGUUGGGAUCUCAAAGUGCCCCUUCAAAGCUUCAUCCACGAACGAAGUAGUGCUUGCAUAAGCAGACCAAGGCCUAAUGAAUGCAAGGUGAGAAGAAACAUCCUUGUUAUCGAUUAUAUGACUUACUCCGAAGAAACGGACGAUGGCCUGCCCAAAUGUCGACCAGAGAAUGACAGAGAAAUAGAUAUUUCGUGUCCGGCGUAGGUCAUCUUCAUCCGCUUUAGCAGCGCUAAGGGACUGGCUGCUCAGCUGAAUGACCGCGGCCAAAAGACCAUUCGUCAACAGCCAUGACAUCCUGUUAAUGUCAUCCAUGCUGGCUUCUCCUCGACCUCCUUGAACCUAAACUUCAUGAUCGCCCUCACCUUAAGCUCCACGAAGGCGGCGUCGACUUCCUUCUUUGUUUUGGCCCCGGCUUGUGCUGUUUCGGGGCUUAGCGCAGACUAAGUUAGCAGGUUCGCAAUGUAAGGUCACUAGCGCCUUUCGGCAUUCAGAUCGACCAUUGUUGCCGACUCGGGGCCUGGCAAGGGAUAGAAAACCACGGGAUUUGGACGAGUACGAAGCUUACAGAUGCUUCAAACAAGAUGACAGAGCGCAAGCCUUCUGUGUGACAAAACACCUCUUUGAUUAUAAUG